AUGGAGUGGGGUUACCUGUUGGAAGUGACCUCGCUGCUAGCCGCCUUGGCGCUGCUGCAGCGCUCGAGCGGCGCCGCCGCCGCUUCGGCCAAGGAGCUGACAUGCCAAGAGAUCACGGUGCCGCUGUGCAAGGGCAUCGGCUACAACUACACCUACAUGCCCAACCAGUUCAACCACGACACACAAGAUGAGGCGGGCCUGGAAGUGCACCAGUUCUGGCCCCUGGUGGAGAUCCAGUGCUCCCCCGACCUCAAGUUCUUUCUGUGCAGCAUGUACACGCCCAUCUGCCUGGAAGACUACAAGAAGCCUCUGCCGCCUUGCCGCUCGGUGUGCGAACGCGCCAAGGCCGGCUGCGCGCCGCUCAUGCGCCAGUACGGCUUCGCUUGGCCUGACCGCAUGCGCUGCGAUCGGCUGCCGGAGCAGGGCAACCCCGACACUCUGUGCAUGGACUACAACCGCACCGACCUCACCACGGCCGCGCCCAGCCCACCGCGCCGCCUGCCGCCGCCGCCGCCCGGCGAGCAGCCGCCCUCAGGCAGCGGCCACGGCCGUCCGCCAGGGGCCAGGCCCCCACACCGUGGCGGCGGCGGCGGCAGGGGCGGCGGGGACACGGCGGCUGUGCCCCCCUCGCGCGGCGGGAAGGCGAGGCCCCCUAGUGGUGGCGCCGCUCCUUGCGAGCCUGGGUGCCAGUGCCGCGCGCCGAUGGUGAGCGUGUCGAACGAACGCCACCCGCUCUACAACCGCGUCAAGACGGGUCAGAUCGCCAACUGCGCUCUGCCCUGCCACAACCCCUUCUUCAGUCAGGAUGAGCGCGCCUUCACCGUCUUCUGGAUCGGCCUGUGGUCGGUGCUCUGCUUCGUCUCCACCUUCGCCACAGUCUCCACCUUCCUCAUCGAUAUGGAGCGCUUCAAGUACCCGGAACGGCCCAUCAUCUUCCUCUCCGCCUGCUACCUCUUCGUAUCGGUCGGCUACCUGGUGCGCCUGGUGGCAGGGCACGAGAAAGUGGCCUGCAGCGGUGGCGCUCCGGGUGCGGGAGGAGCUGGGGGUGCUGGCGGCGCCGCUGCUGCUGGCGCGGGGGCGGCGGGAGCGGGGGCGAGCGGCCCGGGCGCGCGCGGCGAGUACGAGGAGCUGGGAGCCGUGGAGCAGCACGUGCGCUAUGAGACCACCGGCCCCGCGCUGUGCACCGUGGUCUUCCUCCUUGUUUAUUUCUUCGGUAUGGCCAGCUCCAUCUGGUGGGUAAUCCUGUCGCUCACGUGGUUCCUGGCGGCUGGCAUGAAGUGGGGCAACGAGGCCAUCGCGGGCUACUCACAGUACUUCCACCUGGCCGCGUGGCUAGUGCCCAGCGUCAAGUCCAUCGCGGUGCUGGCGCUCAGCUCCGUGGACGGCGACCCGGUGGCGGGCAUCUGCUACGUGGGAAACCAGAGCCUCGACAACCUGCGCGGCUUCGUGCUAGCGCCGCUGGUCAUCUACCUCUUCAUUGGCACCAUGUUUCUGUUGGCUGGUUUCGUGUCCCUAUUCCGAAUCCGCUCGGUCAUCAAGCAGCAAGGAGGCCCAACCAAGACGCACAAGCUAGAGAAGCUCAUGAUCCGCCUGGGCCUCUUCACCGUGCUCUACACGGUGCCCGCCGCCGUCGUUGUCGCCUGCCUUUUCUAUGAGCAGCACAACCGUCCUCGCUGGGAGGCCACUCACAACUGCCCAUGCCUUAGGGACCUGCAGCCUGACCAGGCGCGCAGGCCGGAUUACGCGGUCUUCAUGCUCAAGUACUUCAUGUGUCUGGUGGUUGGCAUCACGUCGGGCGUAUGGGUCUGGUCCGGCAAGACUCUGGAGUCCUGGCGCGCGCUGUGCACCCGCUGCUGCUGGGCUAGCAAAGGCGCAGCAGUAGGCGCGGGGGCCGGAGGCAGCGGCCCGGGGGGCGGCGGCCCCGGGCCAGGCGGGGGUGGGGGACCCGGCGGAGGCGGGGGAUCUCUCUACAGCGACGUCAGCACCGGCCUGACGUGGCGAUCUGGCACGGCCAGCUCCAUGUCUUACCCUAAACAGAUGCCAUUGUCCCAGGUCUGAACCCUGAGCGGACGCCCAGAAGGGGCGGAGAGGGGUGGGGGAUGGGGGAGCCCGAGGGCGGCUUAGGGACCCCAGACAGGCCGGGGUUCCCACCCCUUCACCGUGUUGAUUGCUAUUAGCAUGAUAAUGAACUCUUAAUGGUAUCCAUUAGCCGCUGGGACUUAAAUGACUCCCUUAGAACAAAGUACCUGGCAUUGAAGCCUCCCAGACCCAGCCCCUCCCCUCCGACGCUCCGGAGCGCCUCCCCCAGGCAAUGGUUUCAGUCUGCUAGGAGAGUUGGAAACCUCCUGGGUACCCUGGCUGAGCCUUGAGGUCAAGCUGCAGACUUCACCCGAGGGACCGCUUCACCCUCAACCCCGCCUGCAUAAAUUCACUCCUCACACCCUGGAGGAGGGACGACUGCUACCUUGUAGGAUUGCACGGUUUGGGUAUUCUUAAUGACCAGGCAGAUGCCUUAAAUAAACAAGAGAUGUCUUAAUUAUACACCCCAAGUAAAUACGGGUUUCUUACAUUAGAGGAUGUAUUUAUAUAAUUAUUUGUUAAAUUGUAAAAAAAAAGAAAAGAAAAAGUGUAAAAUAUGUAUAUAUCCAAAGAUAUACAACGUGUACAUUAUCUGUAAAAAGUUUAGAGGCUUCCCCUGUAAGAACAAAUAUAAGUAUUCUAUUUUGUCAAUAAAAUGACUUUUGAUAAAUGAUUUAAAUACCA